AUGGCGCUUGUUGGUUCAAGUGAUGAACUUAUUUCAGACGAAUGGAUUGCUGAAGUGCAAAAGAUAGUUGAAGCAAGAGACGGUGAUGGUAGUGUUUCAGUUGGUACAGAGAGCAAGCGCGUUCCAGAGGUUGUGGCGGAGGCCAAAGCAGACGCAUACGCUCCUCUAAUUGUGUCGCUGGGGCCUUACUACUAUCGCGCCCUCAGGGAUGCUCCUGUCGGGCCUUUGCAUCAUGGCCUCUCCAUCAUUUCCCAGAUGGAAAUGUACAAGCUCAAAUAUUUCAAGGAUGCUGUGCGCAAUGAUCCAGAACGUAUUUGCGAGUUUCUCGAAAAUACGGUCCAGCCCAACAAAUCUAAAUUGGAGCAGUUUUACAACUGGAAACUGGAUACGCAGGAAGACUUUCGAAAGUUUGGGUGGAUGAUGAUGGUAGAUUCCUUUUUCCUCUACCAGUUUCUGAAGGAUGCUUGUGAUCAAGCUGGUCAAUCUCGCCUUCCCUCAGCAACGGGAAGCAUAAAGUGUGACAUUGUCAAGUUAGAAAACCAACUUCCUCUUUUCCUUCUCAAUCAAGCUCAUGAUCACCUCACUCUAAACGGUGAUGGUAGCUUUGAUGAGCUCUUGAAGAGGCAGAUGGCUAGUCUGUGUUCGUUUGACAAAUUUGAGUGUUCCUCAGUUAAGAAUGAGGGCGAGGAGAAACAUCUGUUGGCCUACAUGCACAAAUGUGUUUCCUCCUUUCUCCAAAUGGAGGAAGAAAAACACGGAUCCAAUUGCUUCCAGGAAUCUCAGAUUGCCAUUGGAGGGGCCAUUAGCAUAGCAUGCCGUACUUGCUGUUUUCCUCAAGCGAGAGCCGGCCGAAGUGAUUUUAAGAUUAAUGCCAGGAAGCUGGUCAAACAUGGAAUUACGUUGACACCUUUUAUUCUCGGCAAGAGCAUGCAGCAAAUCAGAUUCGACAGGUAUUCCGGCACCCUUUAUCUUCCAAAGUUGACUGUAACUGACAUGUUCACUGAAGUGGUGUUGAGGAAUUUGCUAGCACUGGAGUUCAUUGAGACGAAUCGAGGGACGGUGAUAACACAGUAUGUGGAGCUCAUGAAAAGCCUCAUCGACACAGCCAAGGACGUUAAAGUCCUCAGAAAAUGUGGCGUUAUAGUUCCUGGAAGCAGCAUGAUAAGCGACGACUACAUUGCUGCCAUGUGGAAGGACAUUUGUAAGCCUUUCUUUGCAGCCUCCGUUCAUCCUUCCCUUCAAUUUGAGCAUAUCAAGGAAUCGCUCAACAGAAAGUACUAUAUAGUAAAAGGCAAAGCUGUCUGCCUCGCAAAGGGUUUUUGCUUGGUGCAGACCCCUUUCAAACUAGUCAAGGGAAUAUGCAUGGUUAUGCUAGGUUAG